UGCGCGUUAGCCUUUGUUUUUAUUGUAUUCUCCAAUUAGUAAAUCAAAUGGAUGUACUUGUUCUAUCACUCUAUUUGCUAUCAACACCUGUUGUGGGAGCUGUUGCUGCUCUUUCUCUUUGGUUCCUUAAAAUAUUUGUUGAUCGUAAAUGGAAAUCAACUCAGAAACUCCCGCCUUUGCCAGAGGUACCAGGGCUGCCAUUGAUAGGAAAUCUGCUGCAAUUGAAAGAGAAGAAACCGCACAAGACGUUUGCCAAGUGGGCUCAGACAUAUGGCCCUGUCUACUCCAUCAGAACUGGCUCCAACACUGUCGUCGUCCUCAAUUCUAAUGACGUGGUUAAGGAGGCUAUGGUAACAAGAUUCCCUGCCAUCUCUACCCGAAAACUUUCAAGCGCAGUGAAGAUCCUCACUUCUGAUAAAUCGAUAGUUGCAAUGAGUGACUAUAAUGAGUUUUACAAGACAGCGAAGAGGCAUGUGCUAACUCAAGUUCUGGGACCAACUGCUCAGAGGCGUAAUCGCAUCCUGAGAGAUACUUUGAUUGACAACACAUCAGACCAGUUGCAUGCCUUGUUCAGGAAUCGUCCUCUCGAGGCUGUAAAUUACAGAGAAAUAUUCCAGUUGGAAGUUUUUGGACUAGCAAUUAAGCAAACCUUAGGAAAAGAUGUGGACUCCAUUUACGUUGAGGAACUCAGAACAACAAUGUCCAGACAAGAGAUACUCAACUGUCUAGUUCUUGAUAUAUUGGUGGGUUCAAUUGAUGUAGAUUGGAGAGACUUCUUCCCAUAUCUUAAUUGGAUUCCAAAUAGAAGUUUCGAAAACAGAAUCAAGCAGCUGGAUAUACGCAGGACGGAAGUUAUGAAAUCAUUGAUUAAGAAAACGAAAAUGCAGAGUGCUUUCAAAGAGGAGUGUUAUCUUGAUUACUUGGAAUCCGAAGGGAAUAUGCUUUCAGAGAGACAAAUUCAAAUGUUGCUCUGGGAGGUGCUUAUUGCAACAUCAGACACUCCUGUGGUGACAACUGAAUGGGCAUUGUAUGAACUUGCUAUAGAUUCAAAGCGGCAGGCUCGGCUUUAUGAGGAGAUCAGUAGAGUCUGUGGUUCUGAUAAAAUCACUGAGGAGAAGUUGAAUCAGCUUCCUUACCUCUAUGCUAUCUUCCAAGAGACUUUAAGAUUGUACAGUCCGGUUCCAAUAGUUCCUUUGCGUUAUGUCAGUGAAGAUACAGAAUUAGGAGGAUACUUUGUUCGCUCUGGAAGCGAGAUAGCCAUAAACAUCUAUGGUUGUAACCAUGACAAGAAUGUGUGGGAGAAUCCUGAGGAGUGGAAUCCCGAGAGAUUCAUGGAAGAGAAAUCUGAGACAAUGGAGUUGUUCAGGUCAAUGGCCUUUGGAGGUGGUAAGAGAGCUUGCGUAGGAGCUCUUGAGGCAAUGACAAUCUCUCGCAUGGCAAUUGGCAGACUUAUACAAGAAUUUGAGUGGAGUGUGACGGAUGAUCAGGUAAAUGAUGUCGAUACUGUGGGGCUUACAUCCCGCAAACUCCAGCCACUGCUCGCGCUCAUAAAGCCAAGAAGCUGAUUGCUUCAGUAAAUAACAUAAAAUCAGUGAAUGUAUCAAUUCCUUUUCGACAUAUGCAAGUACAAUAGGUGCAUGAGAUAACAUGCAUAGAUUUUUAAUAAUCUUGUAUCAUCCUUUGAAUCAGUGAAUGUUUCACUCAUGUAAAUAACAUAAAUCAGUGAAUAUAUCACUUCCUUUAUGAAUGUAUCAA